AUGGACGGAGCGACGGCUUUGGCUUGCGCGGUUGAGCAAGCUUCAGCAUCCGAAGAGCAGGCGGAGAUUGUGAGAUUGCUGCUGCAGCUUAGAGGACCGGUGGAGGAAGUGACAUCUGAACUGCGCCAUCUGGCCGACUCCCAGGGAAUGAUCAAAGUCCAUGCCUUAUGGGCGCAUGACGAGCAACGGAAACUCAUGACACUCUCGGCCGAGGGGCUGGAAGGUUGCCGUCAGGUUCUUUUAGAGUAUAGCGCGAGGGAGUUGCGAUUGAUGCCACGGAACGUCAAAAUAAGGAGUGAUGAUGAGGCCUUUCGGGCUAAGGAUCCGAGAGGGAGGCCGUUGAUGCCGCCGGAAGGGGAAGAGGUGCCGGAGGAGGAGAGAGCAAAACAGGUAUUGAUGAAGGGUUUCCAUCCUGUCACAGGGGAGUUGGCUCCAACCACUUGA